GGUUGAGGCGGAGAAGGCGGCGGAGGAGGAGGCGGCAGCGGCGGAGAAGGCGGCGAAGGAGGAGGCGGCGGCGGCGGCGGCGGCUGCUGCGGCUGCAGCUGCGGAGGCGGAGAUGGAGGCGGCGCGUGUCGCUUCCGAAGGUCGAUCGGCGAGCCAGCUUCAGGCGGUCGCGCGAGGCCGGCAGGGGCGGGCCAAGGCGGCUGUUGCAGCCGCCGCGAAGGCGGAAGCGGCGGCGGAGGCGGCGAGGGCGGCGGAGGCGGCGAGGGCGGCGGCGGAGGAGGCGGCGGCGGCGGCGGCGGCGAGGGCGGCGGCGGAGGAGGCGGCGGCGGAGGCGGCCAGGGUGGCGGCGGCGGAGGCGGAGGCGGCGAGGGUGGCGGAGGAGGCGGCGGCGGAGGCGGCGGCGGAGGAGGAGGCGGCGGAGGCGGCGAGGGUGGCGGCUGAGGCGGCGGCGAUAGCAGAGGCGGCUGCUGCGGAGAAGGCUCGCAGGGAGGAGGAGGAGGCCGAGGCUGCACGCACCGAGGCGGCUCGGGUCGAGGCGGAGAAGGCGGCGGAGGAGGAGGCGGCUGCUGCGGCUGCAGCUGCGGAGGCGGAGAUGGAGGCGGCGCGUGUCGCUUCCGAAGGUCGAUCGGCGAGCCAGCUUCAGGCGGUCGCGCGAGGCCGGCAGGGGCGGGCCAAGGCGGCUGUUGCAGCCGCCGCGAAGGUGGAAGAGGCGGCGAGGGCGGCGGCGGAGGCGGCGGCGGCGGAGGCGGCGAGGGUGGCGGCGGAGGAGGAGGCAGCGGAGGCGGCGAGGGCGGCGGCGGAGGCGGCGGCGGAGGAGGCGGCGAGGGUGGCGGCAGAGGAGGCAGAGGCGGCGGCGGAGGCGGCGAGGGUGGCGGCGGAGGAGGCGGCGGCGGCGGAGGCGGCGGCGGCGGAGGCGGCGGCGGCGGAGGCGGCAAGGGUGGCGGAGGAGGCGGAGGCGGCGAGGGUGGCGGCGGAGGAGGCGGCGAUAGCAGAGGCGGCCGCUGCGGAGAAGGCUCGCAGGGAGGAGGAGGAGGCCGAGGCUGCACGCGCCGAGGCGGCUCGGGUUGAGGCGGAGAAGGCGGCGGAGGAGGAGGCGGCAGCGGCGGAGAAGGCGGCGGAGGAGGAGGCGGAGGCGGCGGCGGCGGCUGCUGCGGCUGCAGCUGCGGAGGCGGAGAUGGAGGCGGCGCGUGUCGCUUCCGAAG